UCGGUUAGAAAAUUGAUCUUUGCCCGGGUUUUGCUAUAAAUUUACUUGCCAACGAAUUGCUUAAUAUCAGUGCCCGUGGAGGAGAGUAGUAAGCAAGCCGUCGAACCGUCAAUUCGUGUUCAGUAUUGUGAAACGAGAGUGUCGAGUUGAUAUUGCUCAAGAUGUCGAGUGGAAAAGGCAAGAUGGUGUUGCUCCUGGGAGUCCUAGUUGCAGCUGCUCUGAAGACGGCUAUCGCUCAGGACUAUUGUGAUCCGGAAUUGUGUGAUCCCGGAGAUGCUCAUAUUGGAUGUAACAAUCCGGGUGGCUUCACCAGCAAUUGUCCAGAAGGGGCUCAGGUAAUCGAAGUUACUGAAGAAUAUAAGAAGAUCAUGCUGGACGAACACAACAAGUAUCGCAGUACUGUUGCAACUGGCGGAGUAAAAUGGCUUCCGAAAGCUAAGCAGAUGACGACGAUGACAUGGGAUGAUGAGCUGGCAAAGAUGGCACAGUUGAAUGCCAAUCGCUGUGUGCAGAAGCACGAUGCCUGUCAUAACACUGCAAACCACCGAUACUCAGGACAGAACUUGAACCACAUCACUACCACGGCUCCAUCGAUCGACAACAUCCCGCAGGUGAUCAAGGACCUGAUCUCGUCCUGGUGGGAUGAGCGUCUCGAUGUGAACUCUCGUAUGGUCAACAGCAUGUACGAUCCGGGCAGACACAUUAUGAUCUUCCACUUUGCUGUAAUGGCUGCGGACAAAUCGAACAAGCUAGGCUGUGCUAUGUCACAAUGGUCCGAUAAUGGCAACCCCUACCUGUAUCUGGUUUGCAACUAUUCAUUUACCGAUUUCGUCGGUCUGCCGAUGUAUGCUGCAGGAGAUCCGUGUACUGGCUGCACGACCGGUUGCAAUUCUGCUUACGAAGGUCUCUGCAAUCCUGACGAGCCUGUUUCUGUGCCGUUCUAAAUACGAAUGGACGAUUUGAUUGACCCCUUCAUUAAUUCAUGCUUUGUAUCACAACAAACAGCAAAUAAUAAAAA